UGUCAGGUGACAUUUCGGGCGAGUUCUCGCGAGAUGUCGUCUACGUGGAUUGAAAAACGAAGUCGGAGUUACGAUAUUUUUUUACGAUCCAGGUUGUGUGAGAGAUAUGUGGCGAUUCGUGCAAAAUAGACAGCAGUAAACUGGACAUUUAGAUACAAUACGAGUUUGAGGAAUCGAAAAUCGUGGAUUUCUUCGAGGGAAACAUGUUGGACUACGAGCUGGAAGAGGAUAAAUUGGGGAUGCAGGCCAUCCCGGGGAGUGUGACCCUACAGAAGGACAGCCAGAACCUCAUCGGGAUCAGUAUAGGGGGAGGGGCGCCGCUCUGUCCCUGUCUGUACAUCGUGCAGGUGUUCGACAACACUCCCGCCGCAAAGGAAGGCACGCUGGAGUCCGGGGACGAGAUCGUGGGCGUCGGCGGGAAGUCGGUCAAGGGGAAAACGAAAGUGGAGGUGGCCAGGCAGAUCCAGGCUGUGAAGGGUGAAGUGACCAUCAACUAUAACAAACUGAAGGCAGAUCCCAAACAAGGCAAGACACUGGACAUAGUGUUGAAGAAAAUCAAACACAAGUUUGUGGAGAACAUGAGUUCCAGUACUGCAGAUGCUCUGGGACUGAGUCGUGCCAUCUUGUGUAAUGAUGGACUAGUGAAGAAACUGCAGGACCUGGAGAGAACAGCAGGCAUGUACCACGGGCUGGCUGAGCACACCAAGAAGAUGAUGAGAGCCUGCUACGAACUGUCCCAAACACACAAAGAGUUUGGUGAUGUGUUUUGUGAUGUGGGGAUGCGAGAACAAGUGGCCGGUGCUAACGAAGCUUUCCUGGCCUUUGGGGAGGCCCAGAGAAACAUGGAGAAGUACGGCAUCAGAUACCUGAAGACUAUCAAACCAAUGCUGAGUGACCUGAACACCUAUCUUAACAAGGCAGUCCCUGAUACCAAGCUGACUAUCAAAAAGUAUCUGGAUGCCAAGUUUGAGUACCUGUCCUUUUGUCUGAAGGUGAAAGAAAUGGAUGAUGAGGAGUACAGCUAUGCUGCAUUACAAGAGCCCCUGUACAGAGUGGAGACUGGUAACUAUGAAUAUAGGUUGGUGCUGCGAUGUCGUCAGGAGGCUCGGGCCAAGUUUGCCAAGUUGCGUGCCGACGUUUUGGAAAAAAUUGAGUUGUUGGAUCAGAAACAUGUACAAGACAUCGUGUUCCAGUUACAGCGGCUGGUGUCAGCCAUGGCCAAAUAUCACAACGACUGUCACGCCAUCAUGAAGGAGACCGAUGUCUUCCCCAUCGAGGUGGAUCUCUCCCAGACCACGUUUAACUACUCCAAACGGGACGACUUCACUGACCCUGACGAGGAUGAAGAAGAGGGGGAGGAAGAGGAUGUGGGCUCAGGUGGAGAUGAAUGACAUUAAUAUAGAUAAUAUUAUAUACAUGUAUGAAUAGCUGAGGGUGCAUAAGGCCAUACUGAUUUGAUAUAUGGAUGACAUCCUCUGUACACCCCAAAACUGAGGAAAAAAGAAAAGUUCAUUUAUAAAUCUAAUGGUCAGGAAGGUUUAAGAAAUGACUGAACACACAGAACAUGGUAUACCAACCAAACUUUAUAUUUGUUCUUUCACAUCUUCUUGAAGAGUUGAUGGUGAAAUUCAGUUGUAGUUUGAUCCCUGCUUUCCUUCUUCUGGCAUUAUUUUCCUUUUUGACCUUUGUCAUCCCUUGUUUACCUGUAGUAUGGUUGCAAGCUUUUUUUUUAAGUAGAUGAAAAUUGAUGUGUCCAUGGGUGUCAUCCAUGCAAUUAAGUCAUUGUGGCCUGUUACAUAUUACAUGGCAUACACAGAUAUAUGUAUAGCUGGUAUAGCCUGUAUAAGGUUACACCAACACAGGCAUUACCUGCAGCUGGCAGAGUAUCUUUUUCUGUCCUGUAGUAUGUAAGGAUUUUGACCAAACUUACAAAUUCUCAUCUCCACACUCAGCCCUGGAGCUACUGAAGUUGUCAUUAUAUCCAAGAUACACAAAGUAUCCUACAAGUCGUGGGUGUUGAAAGUGGGUAUGAGUGCUGUGGCAAACAUGUGCCAUUCCCACUCCCAGAUUUAUUUGUUAUUGAAUAUCAGUAGGCUAUUAGUGAUAAAAUACCACAGACAGACUCUCUUCAUGAUAAUGUGAGAUAGGACCACUUUAAAAUUUAGUCAAGGUGCUAUGAUGUUGAAGGUAUGAGUCUGUUAGUAUCUAGCUAUUGUCUUUGUAACUUAUUUAUAGAAGAUCUUUAUGUGUUAAUGGCUGCAGGUACUUUGUAUAUUUUGUUCAUUCAGUCCAGUUGUGUAAAAUUAAAGCUUUUGUUAUAAUUUGGUUUUUGAAUCUCUGUUGUACAUGUAAAUGG